AUACUGCCUCCAACCGGGGGGAACAAAAUGAGCACCGACAGCCCAAAAAGCCGCGUCCGGCCAUCUCUUCAUGAUCACUGUGAGAAGGAUGCUGCAACAAGCUCUCAGAGUCUCCGGCCGGAGCGCCUUGCACCUUGUGAAGUGGAUGGAGAGGUGGGCUGAGCGCGCGUCCGCCAAGCCGCAGCCACUGAGGACCCUGGACGACAUGCCUGGACCGUCGGUCGCCAGCUUCGCCUGGGACUUGUUCGCUAGACGCGGGCUGUCACGGUUGCACGAGCUGCAGCUGGAAGGAGUGCGGCGGUAUGGGCCCAUGUGGAAGGCCAGCUUCGGCCCCAUCCUGACAGUUCAUGUGGCUGAUCCGGUGCUCAUUGAGCAGGUUCUGAGGCAGGAGGGCCAGCACCCCAUGCGCUCUGACCUUUCCUCUUGGAAGGACUACAGGAAGCUCAGAGGACACCACUAUGGACUCCUGACAUCUGAGGGGGAGGAGUGGCAGUCGGUGAGGAGUCUCCUGGGGAAGCAUAUGCUGCGACCUAAAGCAGUCGACGCUUACGAUAAAACCCUCAACGCCGUGGUCAGUGAUCUCAUUGCCAAACUUCACCUUCGCAGACGCUCUCAUGGCCUCGUCUAUGAUAUCGGCAGCGAGUUCUAUCGCUUUGGUCUUGAAGUGUUGAGUGGAGCCCGGGCCAACGCCGAGAUUACGGUACAUUUCUGUCAGCCCUUGUCCGUGUCUGCGUUUACUUUUGUGCGUUCUUUGACAGGCAUUUCCUCAGUGUUGUUUGAAUCCAGGAUCGGUAGCCUGGAUGAAGUGGUCCCAGAAGAGACAGAGCGUUUCAUCCAGUCGAUCAACACCAUGUUUGUAAUGACGCUUCUCACCAUGGCCAUGCCAAAGUGGUUGCACCAGCUGUUUCCAAAACCCUGGAACAUCUUCUGUCAGUGCUGGGACUAUAUGUUUGAAUUCGCGAAAGGUCACAUUGACCACCGUCUGACGGCCGAAGCAGAGAAGGUUGCCCGUGGAGAGGAGGUGGAGGGCCGUUACCUCACCUACUUCCUGUCGCGGACCGGUCUGCCCAUGAAGACCGUCUACAGCAACAUCACAGAGCUGCUUCUUGCAGGAGUCGACACAAUCUCCAGCACCAUGUCCUGGUCGUUGUACGAGCUGUCCCGUCACCCCGAGGUGCAGGCAUCGCUCCGGGAUGAGGUGUUGAGCGUGCUGGAGGGUCGAAGCAUCCCGGAAGCAAAGGAUGUGGCCCGCAUGCCUCUCCUGAAGGCCACAGUCAAAGAAGUGCUGAGGUUGUACCCUGUUAUUCCUGCCAAUGCAAGAGUCAUUACAGAAAGAGACAUCCAGGUUGGAGGCUACCUCAUCCCUAAAAAUACUCUGAUUACCCUCUGCCACUUUGCAACAUCGCGGGAUCCAGCAGUGUUUUCAAACCCAGAUGAAUUCCAGCCCCAGCGAUGGUUGAACAAGGACCAGGCUCACCACCCGUAUGCCUCUGUACCAUUUGGGGUGGGAAAACGCAGCUGCAUAGGUCGUCGUAUCGCUGAGCUGGAACUCUACCUCGCUCUAAGCAGGAUUCUCAUAGAGUUCGAUGUGAAGCCGGACCCAGAAGGGAUUUCUGUGAAGCCCAUGACACGGACGCUUCUGGUUCCUGAAAAUGUCAUUAGCCUCCAGUUUAUUGAACGAUGACCGACUCUCCUGUGCUAAUCUGUUACACGUACGAGGACGUGAGUCUCUUUGCAGUCGAGAGCGCAAGCAGACAGAGUUAUCACAAGAGCCAAGAGCCUGCUGCCACAGCGAGAGCGGACCUUCAACCUUCGAAUCGACAAAGGCCAAAGCCCUCCGUACCUGUCACCUAGUGUGUGGAGAAGGACAACUGAAUCAGGGAUGAACAGUAACAGCUCACGACUGAGGCUUUACUCUGGGAGCGGUGUAACUCCAAAUGUAAAUACUGGCAGUUUUUUCAACUAAAAUCCCCAUGAAGAAUUUUUUGCACAGGGCCAAGAGCAAGCCAGUCAACUCCUUCAGUACGUUGCAACAGACAAGCUUCAGACUUCAGGCUGUUAGCGUCAGAUCGUGUUGUCUGUUAGAGAAUUUGCAACAAGUUUGAAUGUAAAGCUUUUUAUUUUAUUUUAAACCCUUUCUAAAUUUGAUUAUGACCUGUAAUCUUCUACACUCAUAACUAUAUUCAGCAUUUCCUGUGUUUCCUGGAUGUGUAAAUAUUUCAUUGUAUUAGUGUUUCUGUAUAUGAGUCUGAUAUACACAGUAUGCUGUCCAUGAUUUGAGUAUUAGGAGAGUCCCAGAUUGGCACAUGACAUGUUUCUUCAGCUGUUAUAGACAGGAUGUUCAAAAUAUUGAUCAGAUUGUAUUUUUAAAGGUGCUUUUGGAGAACUUUUAGUGACAGAUUCCUUCUUUUGUAAAAAAGGCAGCUGUUUAUUAUUCCUGUGUAGGAAUGCCACUGUUUAAAAUCUGGCCCCUCUGCACCCUGGCUUUGUCUGUAGUAUUUUUAUUUUUUUAUUUUUAUGUACAGUGCAUCCGGAAAGUAUUCACAGCGCUUCACUUUUUCCACAUUUUGUUAUGUUACAGCCUUAUUCCAAAAUGGAUUAAAUUCAUUAUUUUCCUCAACAUUCUACACACAACAACCCAUAAUGACAAAGUGAAAACUGUUUUUUGCAAAUUUUUGCAAAUCUGUUAAAAAUAAAGAACGAAAACAUAA